UGACCCCGGAAAUGGCGGUACUGCCCUAAGCUGUCACACCGAAGACCGGCAACCGGCGCCGGGAGCGUGAGCGACGCCUUUGGGAAUCUGGAGAAGCCCAUGCAGAAGAAUAAAAUACAGAAGGUUACAAAGGAAGCCCAUUAGAUCGAAAUACAGCCACCAAGACAAGUGCCUGGUCUCAAUUCCCAGUGGAACUCUGAGGUCAUUGGUAACCAGAGUAAGCAGUGGCAGAAGGACCAGCACAGCUCCUUGGGGCGCUCUACUGAACAUCUCCCAAGGAGGAGGGGACCCCAGCAAAAUGCCUGCAUUGCCCUUGGAUGAACUACAGAUCACGGAAAAGGAUCCAAAGACGGGCAAGCUGAGGACCGUGCCAGCUCUGCACCCAGACCAGAAGGCCGAUCGCUGCUUUGUGCUGUAUAAACCUCCACCUGCAGACAGCGCCACCGCCCGGGUAGAGGAGUACCUGGAACGGGCUGCCUUCAUCGCCGACGACCUCGACUGGCUGCUGGCCCUGCCCCACGAGAAGUUCUGGUGCCAGGUGAUCUUCGACGAGACCCUGCAGAAGUGCCUGGACUCGUACUUGCGCUAUGCCCCCCGCAAGUUUGAUGAGCUGGCCUCGCCCGCCUCGGCGGUCAGCGAGAUGCAGCAGCGCCUCCAUCGCAGCGUCUUCCUCACCUUCCUCCGUAUGUCCACACAUAAAGAAUCCAAAGAUCACUUCAUUUCCCCGUGUGCUUUUGGAGAAAUCCUCUAUAAUAACUUCCUCUUUGACAUCCCAAAGAUGCUGGACUUGUGUGUGCUCUUCGGAAAGGGCAACGGGCCCCUGCUUCAGAAGAUGAUUGAAAACAUCUUUACUCAGCAGUCAAGUUACUACAAUGAUCUGGAUGACACUGUGCCCACUAUCCUUCAGGUUUUCAGCAAUAUCCUCCAGCAGUGUGGCCUGCAGAGUGAAGGGGCCUCCACUGAGCCCCAGAGACUGGAAGAGAAGGUCCGACUGACCCCCAGUGCUAUGCCUCUGCAGGAAUUGCGAGACGUGGUCCUCUACUUGUGUGACACAACUACUACCCUCUGGGCCUUUCUGGACGUCUUCCCAUUGGCUUGCCAGACCUUCCAAAAGCACGACUUCUGUUCCAGACUGGCUUCCUUUUAUGAGGCAUCGAUUCCCGAGCUGGAGUCCGCCAUCAAGAAGAGGAAGCGGGAGGACGGCAAGCUGCUAGCUGACCUCUGGCAGAGGCUUUCCCAUUCCCGGAAGAAGUUGGUGGAAGUUUUUCACAUCCUCAUUAACCAGAUCUGCCUCCUCCCCAUCUUAGAAAGCAGCUGCGACAACAUCCAGGCUUUCAUCGAGGACUUCCUUCAGCUCUUCAGCUCGGUACUGCAGGAGAAGAGGUUUCUCCGAGAUUACGAUGAACUCUUCCCGGUGGCGGACGAUGUGAGUUUGCUGCAGCAGGCGUCUUCGGCCUUGGAUGAGACCCGCACUGCCUACAUCCUCCAGGCUGUGGAGAGCGCAUGGGAAGGUGUGGACAGGAGGAAAGCUGCCACCGUCAAGGACUCGCCACCGUCUCAGCCUCCUGAACGGCCUCCAGCCCCAGAGCCAGCGCCUGGGGCAGCCCCAGCACAACUGAAGCCAGAUGAGGAGGAGGAGGAGGAGGAGUGUGCCGGGGCAGCGGCUGCUGCGCCCGCCGCCCAGAUCUCUGGAGUCGAGCUCAACUCCCUGAUCUCCCAGGUGAAGGACCUUCUGCCAGACCUGGGUGAGGGCUUUAUCCUGGCCUGCUUAAAGCACUAUGGUUACAGUGCUGAGCAGGUGAUCAACAACAUUCUGGAGGAGAGGCUGGCCCCAGCACUGAGCUCCUUGGAUCGUACCCUCAACAGGCAGAUGCAGCCAGGCCCGACCCCACUGGUCAAUUCUCGCCAUAACGUUUUCCAGAAUGAUGAGUUUGACGUGUUCAGCAGAGACACCGUGGACCUGUCGCGUGUGCAGAAAGGCAGGAGGAAGGGGGAGGACACUCGGAGCCUGCUGAAUGACAAGCGUGUGGUCCAGGAGCAGAGGGAGCGCUAUAGCCAGUAUAGCGUGGUGGUGGAAGAGGUCCCCAUGCAAGAAGGGGCCACAGAGGGGCAGCUCUACAGGGACGACUAUGAGGACGAGUAUGAUGACACGUACGACGGCAACCAAGUGGGCGCCAAUGACGCGGACUCAGAUGACGAGCUCAUUACUCGGAGGCCCUUUACCACCCCCCAGGUGCUGAGAACCAAAGUGCCUCAUGAGGGGCCUGAGGAUGAGGAAGAGGAAGAGGAAGAGGCUGAAGAAGAAGGCCCUAAGCCCGAUCACUUUGUCCAGGACCCUGCCGUGCUGAGGGAGAGAGCUGAGGCUCAGAGGAUGGCCUACCUGGCCCGGAGAGGGUACAGGCAUGAUAACUCUUCGACAGUCACUGGCAACCCGCGGGGCCACGGGCAGAGCCGAGAGACUGUCCAGGAGCGCCGGAGGAAGGAAGCCAACAAGGGGGCCAGGGCCAAUCACAACCGGCGGUUCAUGGCAGACAGGAAGAGGAACAAGGGCAUGAUCCCUUCCUGAGAGCGCCCCUCCUCCUCCCCCCUGUCCCCCACCCCCUCGGAGGGGCAGCCCAGCGCAUCCCGCGGCCCCCUCCCCUCUAGCCAAAGCAUUGGACCUAAGGCCAUUGGUGAUGCCCACUGCUCCUUCGGGCCUCCCGAGGCCAGAGAGCGCGCUGUCUUCCCCUCCAUGACGGGCCGGGGCUGAGCCCGGCCAGCGGCCGACUCCAGGAUCCUUCCCUCUGACCACCGAGUGCCUUAUCCAUCAGGGCCCUGACCCCAGGGCUGCGAAGUCGAGCACACGUCGCAGGAGGUCCCCAGGACCCCUGGGACCCCAGCAUGGCAAGAAUUCUGUACAUACGACCACCAAUAAACUCAGUGAAGCCAUUGGGCAUUGUCCGUGAAGGGCCAGCGGCCCCCUUCCACCCGCUCCCCCGCCCCGCCCGGCGGCAGCAGAGGCCGGCGCCAGGAAACCCUCCGCAGCCCUCCUGUUUGUGCCGGGGAAGAGAUUGCUCAAGUCCCUCCUGUCUCGCGUUUGAUGCUCGGUCAUCCUGUGAUCUUAUUAGCAUUUUACAGAGGAGGAGACUGAGGCCGAGAGGGAAGGGACUUGGUCAUUGAGUUACUGUCGGGGCUGGCCAGGAAGCCCGUGACCAGGGCUCUUCGCAUUCCGCACCCCUUGGCAAUGAGAUGGGGAGGGAAUCAGAGUGUAGAACUGCCCCCCCCCCCCC